CAGGUCUAUAAAAUUAGUGUUUUGUAACCAAUUUCUUGUAUGUAAGGUGGUGUAUCGGUUGUGACUAGUUAGACACGCAGAAGUUCCGGUUUAUAAUACUUGGUUUUACGUUUUGAGAUUGACGGUUCAAAUAUCAAUUGGAAUCUUGCAUGUUUUAUGACAUCUUUGUGCCAGCAGUCACAGUGCUAACCUCCCCCAAGGCUGAGAGAGACCAGGUCGAGAGUAGCUUAUACUCCGACGGUCAGUUACAGAUCAGUUUCAACGCUUGUAUAUUUAUUAUAAAUCCACUCAAUAAACUUGUAACUGUCAGUGCCUUUGUUGGGAUUCUGCCCCCACAUUUUGGAGCUGCCAGUGUUACAUGUAUCUCCUGUGCUUUGUUGUAGCACCACUGCAACCAAGUAGUGCUUGUUAAGUACAAACACGCGUGUGCAAAAACAAACAAAACAACUCUUAAUAGUGACGAUAAACACCACUACGAGGCUAAACUAGCAGGAAUGAUUGCGAAGAUUGGAACAACAAUCUGUUUAACGGUCGCCGUAUUGAUGUCCAUUUUGAAAGCAUCUGAAUACUCAGAUCCGUUCUCGUGCUAUGCUGACAUUUGCAAUGUUAAGGCCGAGGCGCAGUUUUGUGACGUUGUCGCUAGGAAAUGUCGUCAGUGUAGCGAUGUCAGAGACGACUGUUUUACUCGACUUCAGACAUUAAACUGCACACAGUUCUGUUAUGAUGUUAGAUUUAACUCUGACAGAGAGAAGAUUCGUGUUGCGGGAUGUGAUGUUCCAUCGACGCCAAGAAACGGUCACUAUCAAGUCAACACGGCACGGCGGGUAGCAUACAAUACAACGUUAGAUGUUAACUGCGACAUUGGGUAUGCCCUUGUUCAAACUGAGGCUUUGAAAUGCAGCAAUUAUUCAAUGUGGAGUGGAUCAAAACCUAAAUGCGAAGUUGUAGGAUGUCCUAUUCCGAAUCCACCAGAACACGGAAGAUAUACGGUCAACCUUAGUCAUAUACCUAUAAAUGGCACGCUAGAGUUCAUCUGUGAUUUGGACUAUACACCCGGUAACAACAUGCCAUUACAAUGUGGCCAUAAUUCGCAAUGGAGUGCACAACAACCUGUGUGUAUUAGUAAAGGUUCAUUGAACACCUUAACACUGUCCUUAGUGAUGGGUGUAUUUUUAAUUUUGUCUGUGGCUGUGAACAUAUUGUUGUUUAUAAAGAUCAAACGAUAUAAAGGAAGAACUGAAAAAAACCACGGUGUAAACAAAACUGUUGAAGGAAACCCGUGCAUACAAAAAAAUCCACUAGACAACGGGAACACAGAACGUAAAAUACUAGACCAGUCAAAUGAACACACCGAUAGCAUCAACGAUGUCUCUGAGUCCCUGAUACCAGUCCAUGCCUCGAGUUCGCGAUUUGAAUCGGACUAUCCCUACCAAUCUAAAGAGGACACACACGCUCGAUCGGACAGCCCGAUUGUGACUCAACCUGAGCUAGGAGACACAGGGGAAGAUGUUAAGAUUGCUCACAAUCAUGGGGAAUUUCACCCUUUGGACAUUGAGUUAAAUAGGCGGUUGUUUUGAGAUGGCAGAUAUUGACCUAAAUCAUGUAUUUAUUUGAAAGCAGUUGAAGAUGAUCGUGAUGUACCUUUAUAGCGAUAAUACACGUCUUCGAGGGCAUGGUCAUCUGCGCGCGCUCGAAAAAUCCGUUCCUGCACGAGUGCGCAGAACGAGGGCAGGUACGGAUUUUGAGAGCGCCCUCAGAUGAUCAUGUCCGAGAAAAUGUGUAUUUUCGCUAUUAUUGCAUAAACAAAUCACACAUACUCAAAUAAAUUAAAAUAACAUUGAAAACAAUAUGUCUUGUCAUUCGACAUCGACAACAUAAUUCGAUUAUUUCAAUACAGUUCAAGGUUGUGUUUUACAUAUGCCUCACUCGGUCAUCGUCCGAAAUGACGAUCCUUUACCUUCGGAUAGGCAGUUUUCGAUUUAAAAUGUGUUUUAAACAGUGGAUUAAUGCAAAGUUAAAAUGCAGCCGCGCAAAAAAAGAAAUGAGGAAUUAUUUUGGAAUUUACAGCAGGAGCGUUGAAGGUACAUAAACACAUUUACAUCACAGUCUUUUGAAAUUGUUGAGUAAAUAACCUUAACUUCAUUGAAAUAAAGCUGUUGUCAAGAGAGUGCAGAUGGUAUAAUUUGAAAAGUGGAUUGAAAUAGUCAUUGCCAUUAUCCCUGCAUGCAUGAGGAAACUGGUGCUUAUUCAGUUCCCCAUUUAUGCUUGGAAAGUCGUCGAAGGCUGGAGAAGGGAAGUAACUGCGCGUGCACCAGAUUAUGGACAUGAAAAACAAAUAACAGGACUUGAACGGCACGUGAAUCGCCUUGUUAAUAAACGAUUUCUCCAGUUCAAGCCCUCCUUUGGUCAAGUUUCUGCACCCCGCCAGAGGGCAUUAUAGAUAGAGUUUAUGCAAUAUUAUAGUUUGAAACCGUGUUUAAAAUAUGCAUAUACAUCACACUAAUGCAGUUUAACGUAAUUUCUCAAAAUGAACUACUAAUCAAUACAAAUACAAACUGUUGACAUAAAUUGCAUUCACGAGUUCAUACUUUAUUUGCGUUCCAAAAGAAAUAGCAGCUUUUGUUUAUUUAGGUUAUACUGGCUGUGUGUUCACAAGUCGAUUUCUAAAAAAAGUAGCAAGCGGCUAAUAAACUUGAAAAUAUAAGUUAUAAGUUAAUAAAAUAAGUUUGAUACGUUCAA